AUGCCCUCAUGGCUGCCGUCCAUCCCGUACCCGCCGCCAGACCAGCCUGGCUACUGGGAUCCGGUGACCUCGACACUGCAAUGGUGUGAAGAGGACUAUUACGCGACAUACUACUCGGCCGAGAUCAUCAACACUUUGACGAACGUGAUCUUCAUAUAUCUUUCCUACAAGGGAGUCAAGAGCUGCAGGACACAUGGCCAUGCUAGGGUGUUUGAGGUUGCAUAUUUCGGCUACUUUCUCGUCGGAUUCGGGAGCUUCAUGUUCCAUUCGACCUUGAAAUACCCCUGGCAGUUGGUGGACGAGCUGAACAUGAUCUACACGACCUGUCUAAUGGCCUACGCCAGUAUAUCUUACACGCGCUCCGUUCGAGUACAAGCCGCGCUGGGGAUUUUCUUUGUCGUCUUCUGCGCCUUCAUCACCGUCUAUUACCACUAUAUCCAAGACCCGACGUUCCAUCAGACCGUCUACGCCGCCUUGACCGUUUUCAUUGUCUUUCGGAGCCUCUAUAGUAUGGAGUACAGUCUGCGUCCUUCCCUGAGGCAGUCGGAAGAGAGACACCGCCUUGAGCGGGAGAAAAUGAACGAACCGGCCCUGUCGAAGCAGCAACAGGAAUACGAAAACAAGCGAGACAUGGAGAUCUUGAAGAACAUGUGGAUUCUCGUCGGCUUCGGCGUGUCCAUCUUCGUCACCGGGUUUGGAAUCUGGGCGAUCGACAACGAGUAUUGUUCGACAUUGCGGAGCUGGCGUCGUGCGGUGGGAAUGCCUUGGGGUUUCUUUCUUGAAGGGCACGGUUGGUGGCAUUUGAUGACGGGAAUCGGAGCCUAUUGCUACAUUGUCUGGGGGAUCCACCUGAGACAUAUUCUCAAUGGCGACCAGGAGCAUUACCGCAUGGAUUGGCCAAGUAUCUUUCAUUUGCCCGAGAUUGUCAAGGUCUCGGAACCAGGGUCGAAAGGUGGCAGCCCGGCCGGAAACGGGGAUGCCAAUGGAAACGCCAAAGGGGAGGCAAAGAAGUUGAAAUGA